CAACGAUCCACAGGAUUAUUACUCCGAUGACGACUCCGAUGAAGAAUUCUGGUGAGUAUUUUGCCCUCCGGCUGGCUCGCUAGUUGCACAUAUAUGAGCUCUGUGUGGGAUCUCUAUAAGAUUGGUGUACUAACAGGACGAUAGCCCACUCUGUGUGGAGGUGAUGGAUCUGUCGGAUAGAAACUUCAAGCCAUGUCCAUGUGGGUAUCAAAUCUGUCAGUUUUGUUACAACAACAUCCGUCAGAACCCCGAUUUGAACGGGAAGUGUCCAGCCUGUCGUCGUCCGUAUGACGAUGAAUCUGUUGAGUACAAGACGAUGUCUCCGGAGGAGUUGAGAAGAGAGCAGAACAAGCAGCUGAAGAAGGAGAAAGAGAAGAAGCAGAGGGAAAAGGAAAAGAAGGAGAAUGAACAGAUGAACCGCAAGCACCUGGCUGGCAUGAGGGUUAUCCAGAAGAAUCUGGUUUACGUUGUAGGCUUGAACCCUCCGGUGCCACAGGACGAGCUAAUACCAUUGUUGAAGUCCGAUAAAUACUUUGGACAGUACGGUAAGGUGUUGAAGGCUGUUAUCAAUAAGAGAGUUCCCACUGUGGGUCAUCACAAUCCAAACAGUGGAUAUGGCAUCUAUGUGACUUUUUCCAAAAAGGAGGAGGCUGCAAAGUGUAUUGCAGCUAUUGACGGGACAUAUCUCGAUGGCAGACUGUUGAAAGCAGCCUUUGGUACUACAAAGUACUGCUCCUCCUAUUUGCGAGGCCAGGCUUGUCCAAAUCCAAACUGUAUGUUCUUACACGAGCCAGGUGAAGAGGCAGAUUCAUACACAAGACAAGAUCUGUCCACUAGGCAAUCUCUGAGAAUGGGAGGUCCUGAACUUCACAGAAAUGCACCAUUCCCAAGACACCCACCUACGCAUUACAAUACUUCUAGUGCUGCUGGUAAUACCAUCUCCGCUACCAACACAAACCAUGAGGACACCAACUCUAACUCUUCGAACACUGCGGCCUCCACGCCUACACUGCAGCACCAGUCACUUUCUGGAGCAUUACCUUUGCCUGCCACUGUUUCUUGGGCAAAUCCUAAGGCACAGGCUACGUCCACAUCACCAACAACACCCUCGACGACGUUGGCAAACUCCUCAGCGUUCCCAUCAUUGGCUGAACGUGCCACUCAACAACAGUUACAACAACAGCAGAUUGAACAAAAGAGAAAACAAAAACACCACCACGGUCAACAGAAUGAGGAUUAUCAACCAGAGAAUGUUGCCUUUGCAUUUUUGGAUGAAAUUUCUGCUCUUUUGAGUGCUCCACCUCAAAUCAACUACCGUUUACGCUCUGGAGUCGUCACAGAGAAGAGCAGUGCAUUGCCCCCUUUGUUUGUCUAUAACUCUGGUGAAGCUUCCAGCGAAAGCAAAAGAGACGAUCUGUUCUCUAUGAAGUUGUUGGAGUCUCUUAUUUCCAAACCACCACCAGUUGCAUUCAAUGCAUUAUUGUCUUCACAAGCAACACCUUACCAAGCACCAAUUAAUAUGAACGCAAAUGUCGCCCAGGCCCAAGGUGUGGCUGUCAAUACAAAGCAACAACAGCAACAACAGCAGCAGACACAGCAGAACUCUGUGGCACAGGCAUUGUUGCAACAACAAUUGCUUCAACAACGUGCACUACAACAACAACAGCAGCAGCAGCAGCAACAGCAGCAGCAGCAACAUCUACAAGCACAUCAACAGGCUCAACAACCAUUGCAACCACAACCUCAGUCCAAGACAGCUGCACAACAACUGCUACAAGAACAGUUGUUACAACAAAGCUUGAAAGUGGAUCGUUCCUACUCUGCAACACCACCACCUCCGGGCCUCGUUCCAAACCAAACCAGUGAACACGUUGGUGGCACAGCCUCCGAAUUGCUCAGCCAUUUGAUGAAUGGCAAGAAGAUCAGUGCUUGAAGCGAGUACUCCUUUGUUAUUGUAAUGUAUCAAUAUGUUUUUAUUCCAUUAUUAGUUGUGUUUUAAACCUCUUAUCCGUU